CGCAAGCGCACUCUGCUGGGCGGAAGCGACGGUCCGGCCCGCACGUGGGCUCUGGGACUAUGGAGGGGGUGGUGGCUGCUGGCGCCAAUGCCCACGCUGACACCGGAACGGAGUCUCGCUCUCGGGGCCCUGGCUGCAGCCUCCGGCACUUUGCUUGCGAACAGAACCUGCUGUCCAGGCCGGAUGGCUCUGCUUCUUUCCUGCAAGGCGACACCUCCGUGCUGGCAGGGGUGUACGGGCCAGCCGAGGUGAAGGUCAGCAAAGAGAUCUUCAACAAAGCCACGCUUGAAGUGAUCCUGAGGCCGAAGAUCGGGCUGCCUGGGGUGGCAGAGAAGAACCGGGAGCGGAUGAUCCGGAACACGUGUGAGGCCGUCGUGCUGGGGGCGCUGCACCCGCGCACCUCCAUCACUGUGGUGCUGCAGAUCGUCAGUGACGCUGGCUCCCUCCUGGCCUGCUGCCUGAAUGCUGCCUGCAUGGCAUUGGUGGACGCGGGUGUGCCCAUGCGGGCUCUCUUCUGCGGGGUCACCUGUGCCCUGGACUCUGAUGGCACCCUCGUGCUGGACCCCACGGCCAAGCAAGAGAAGGAGGCCCGCGCAGUGCUGACCUUUGCAUUGGACAGUGUGGACCGGAAGCUGUUGAUGUCUACCACCAAGGGGCUCUACUCAGAUGCUGAGCUUCAGCAGUGCCUGGCUGCAGCCCAGACUGCCUCGCAACACGUCUUCCGCUUCUACCGGGACUCGCUGCUCCGGCGCUACUCCAAGAGCUGAGGGAAACUGAGGCCGGUGCCCUCCCCCUGCCAACACCACCCUUGUCUCUGGCUGGUCACCCACCAGUGGCCCAGCCUAGACUGUGUCCCUGUGUGCCCGGGCGAGCUUGUGGGUGUGCAGCUGUGGGGACUCCUGGAGUUAGGGAAGCUGUGGCCCCCAGGCCCAGGGGCACAGACCCCCACUCCCUGGAUCAAAUUAAAAGGAAAAACAGUCA